GUUAUUAGCUGCAUUCUCUUGCCUACAGAGGCUCGGACCUUUGCGGGGACAAUUGAAACAACUCCGGUCGAUGUUCAAGAAAGAAUGCAAAGCAACCCCGCAGUGCUACGGACACUUGCCCGAGAGUGACGCCAGACCAUUCCCUCUGAUACGUAUAUCACUUAUAAUUAUAAAUUAAUCCUGACUGCUGAACACCACCAUUUGAAGGAACACCGCAUUUAUCUGGACCCUGCUGAUCUUGUCCUGUCACAGCAAGAAAACCCCUGCACUAUCCAGGAAUUGUACAACUUUCAGCAGGAAGCCCAGCCUCGUCAAUCUUACAAUAUGGCCACAUUUCCAAAAUACCCAGACCUCCAUGGUAAAGUUGCCCUGAUCAUGGGAGCCGGCCAAACACAUGUACCGGGCUCGGAAGCAUGGGGCAAUGGGGCAGCAAUCGCUCGAUGCCUGGCCCUAAACGGCGUCCGGGUUUUCGGCUGCGAUGUGAAUCUCCAGGCGGCAGAGCGCACUGCUUCACGAAUCCAAGCCGAAGGCGGGAAAUGUGAUAUUGCCCAAGCCGAUGUGGCAUCUGAAAAGGACGUGAGGAGAGUGGUGGACACCGUGAUGGCGAAGCAUGGCCGAAUCGAUAUCUUGAUCAACAACGUGGGCGCCACAGUAGCCGGUGACCCGGCCAGCAUGUCCCCUGAUGUCUGGGACAAACAAAUUGACCUCAACCUGAAGACUGUCUACCUAGCGUGCCAUGUGGUGCUCCCAAUAAUGGAAAAGCAAGGAUCGGGUUGCGUGGUCAACAACGCCUCCAUUGCGGGCUUGAGAUAUAUUGGGAAGCCACAGGUCGCAUAUUCUGCCGCAAAGGCUGCGGUGAUCCAGUUUACGAAGGUCACAGCGGUCAUGUAUGCACCAAAAGGUGUUCGAUUGAACUCGGUAGUACCGGGUUUCAUCCACACGCCUUUGGUGGAUAAUUUCAAAUUCAGCGGGCAGCAAGAGGUUUAUGACAAGAUCACCCGGCAGCCCGUCCCUAUCGGGCGCAUGGGAGAUGCAUUCGAUAUCGCCAACUCUACAGUCUUUCUGGCUAGCGACGCGGCCAAAUACAUCACUGGACAAAUAUUAGUUGUGGAUGGUGGAUUUACAAGCUCCGCUGCGUCGCUAUAAUGCAUACCAACGUUUGCUGUCCUUCAUUGCCGUGCCGUGUUAGGUGUAGGGAAAAACCACAAAGCAGAAGCGAAGGCCUUCCGCUGAAAGUGACA